AUGGCGAAGACCAGCGGAGGAAGGAGGGACAGAGACGGAGGAGGAUUUGGCACGGAUGGAUUGGUUGCUGUGGCGGUAGAUAGAGACAAAACCAGCCAAAGUGCUCUGAAAUGGGCUGUUGACAAUUUGUUACAGAAAGGCCAAACCGUAGUCCUCGUUCAUGUCAAGCCCCGGGGUUCCUCUUUGUCGACAAACCCUUCUAUUAACUCAAACUCUUCCAAGGUUAGCCAAAUAAGUGGUGAUUCUUCAUUGGUGAGUGUAGAACCAGAAGGCACUUACAAACAGUUGUUCCUUCCCUUUCGUUGCCUCUGUUCACGUAAAGAUAUACAUUGCAAAGAUGUGUUAUUGGAGGAUUCUGAUGUGGGGAAAGCGUUAGUCGAAUAUGCAAAUCAAGUCAUCAUUGAGGUAUUGGUGGUUGGUUCUUCCUCAAAAGGUGGCUUUCUCAGGUUCAACAAACCUACAGAUAUUCCAGGAACCAUCACGAAGACCGCACCUGAUUUCUGCACGGUCUAUGUCGUAACCAAAGGAAAAGUUUCAUCAAAGAGAAUAGCCUCUCGUGCUGUGCCCUCUGUUUCUCCAUUGCGCGUCCAGCUUCAGCAGAAUAGCUUAAAGCCACAUCCACGUUUGCCUGCUCCUUCAACUACUAGCACAAGAGCUGAGAGACAGUCAUUUGAGUCUCACCAACGUAGGUCCCUGGACGAUCAAUCAGACUCCUUCAGGUCACAUUACAAUAGAAGAGGCUUGAACGGGAGAUCAUAUGGAGAACUAUCAAUCCCGGAUUCUGACAUAUCCUUUCUCAGCUCUGGAAGACCAAGCACUGAGCGUAACUCUCUUUCCUUAUAUGACAAUUCUGAUCCAAACCGGACUCCUCCAAGGCUAUCAAAUUUCUCAGACACUGACUUUGGUAGCUUCGAGUCAAUGACCUACGGACGGAGGUCAAUGGAUAUAAGCUCACCAACUGCUUUCUCAACAGGCUCAUUUGAGAAUGAAAGGUUUUCAUCUGCUUCGCAAGGAGGGGACGAUGUAGAGGCUGAGAUGAGGAGGCUUAGACUGGAGCUGAAACAAACGAUGGACAUGUACAGUACGGCUUGCAAGGAAGCGCUCACAGCAAAACAGAAGGCAACAGAGCUUCAACGGUGGAAGUUAGAAGAAGAACGGAAAUUUGAAGAGGCAAAGCUUGCAGAGGAAGCCGCAUUAGCCAUUGUAGAGAAGGAAAAAGCAAAGUCCAAAGCAGCAAUGGAAGCAGCUGAAGCAGCUAAAAGGAUUGCUGAAAUCGAGUCCCGAAAGAGAAUCGAUGCAGAAAUGAAAGCUCUGAAGGAAUCUGAGGAGAAAACAAAAGCCGUGAAUGCUUUAGCACACUCAGAUGUCAGAUACAGGAAAUACUCCAUCGAGGAGAUUGAGGAUGCAACAGAGUUCUUUGAUGAUAAAUACAAGAUCGGAGAAGGUGGUUAUGGACCUUUUUAUAAGUGUUAUCUUGAUAACACACCUGUGGCUGUGAAAACUUUGCACCCAGAUGCAUCUCAAGGCAUGUCUCAGUUUCAGCAAGAGGUUGAAGUAUUAAGCUGCAUGAGGCACCCUAACAUGGUUCUUCUGCUUGGAGCAUGCCCAGAAUGUGGAUGCUUAGUGUAUGAGUUCAUGUCCAAUGGGAGCUUAGAAGACCGUCUUUUCAGACUAGGAGACAGCCCGCCCCUCUCUUGGCAAACGAGAUUCAGAAUUGCUGCAGAGAUUGGCACUGUGCUGUUGUACCUCCACCAGACUAAACCAGAACCACUGGUUCACCGUGAUCUCAAACCAGCAAAUAUCUUGCUAGAUCGAAACUUUGUCAGUAAGGUUGCUGAUGUUGGCCUGGCUAGGCUGGUCCCUCCAUCUGUUGCAAACACCGUGACACAGUACCGCAUGACAGCAACUGCUGGCACGUUUUGCUACAUCGAUCCAGAGUAUCAGCAGACGGGUAUGCUGGGUGUGAAAUCUGACAUUUAUUCGCUCGGCAUUAUUUUUCUGCAGUUAAUAACAGGAAAACCACCUAUGGGUCUAACUCAUUAUAUCGAAAAAGCCCUUGAGAAGGGAAAUUUGAAAGAUUUGCUUGAUCCAGCUGUGUCUGAUUGGCCUGUUAAAGACACCACAGAGUUUGCCAAGUUAGCUCUCAAGUGUGCAGAGAUAAGGCGAAAAGACAGACCUGAUCUUUCCAAAGUUAUCUUGCCAGAGCUCAACAGAUUAAGAGAACUUGCUGAAGAAUCAACGCAGUCUGCAGUCGUCAUUAACAGCCCCGGACCAACCCCCACCGAUAGUCAAAAUUCCUCCCCCAAGUUGUGA